AGUCUUGUGAAUGGCAACACAGAAACGUGCUGGAUCAAUUUAAUAAACACACUUUAAAAUGGAAUUAUUGCAUGGCGCUUCGAUGCUCUCCAGACCGGCCGAUGAGUUUGGAAACGAUUCGUUGGUGGAGGAAAUGUGGGCGGCCAAAGCGCUUGAACAUGCGGAGGUGCAUUUUAAUUUGCUGACCAACGUACAUCCCUCUCAGCUGCGUUUAACGCCCUACGAUGAUCAAAUCUAUGCCACCUUUCGUCAAGACUUUCCCGAUUUGCAGGUGUCCCGGCUAAGCGAUGAAAUACUCAAAUCGGCCACUGAAAAGCUUAAGUGGCGUCAAUUUGCCGAAAAGUUUAAUAAAAUGGAUGACUAUUCAUACGGCACUUUGAUGCGCGCGGAUGCCAGCAAGGAAUUCUCACCGGACAACUCAAUAUUUGUGUUUCGUGUGCAGUUUUUGGCCAUUGAAAUAGCGCGCAAUCGCGAAGGUUGCAACGACGAAGUUCACAACAGACACAAGCCAGCUAAAAAGCCACAGAGCCAGCCCGAGACAGCACAAUAAUAUCAUUUCAUUAAGUUAUAGUGUUUAGUUAAUAAAGCGCAGCAAUUGCGGCUGUAAAACAUGCCUACAUUUGCACUUUAUAAGUAAAAA